ACCGCACGAAGCUCCCCAAAAGCGUUCUGUCUCGCCCACGCCCUGAAUCGGUUCGGUAGCCAAGGCAUAAUAAUAAUAUUAAAUAAACUAAUUUCUUGAAAAAUUAAAAAUCUAAAAAUAAUAUUUUUUGACUGAGAUGAAACAGCAAGUUUGACCAUUAACUAGUGCAUUCGGAUAAGAACCACUUGGGAACCCCUGAAAAACCGGUUCUGCGCACCUUCGAAAGCCAGACAGGGACAGCUAGUGCCUACUUGUGUGUGAGUGCGAAUGGAGAAAACCAUCUCAGACAAAUUGCAACAAUUGAGCGUGUUUGUGUGAUUGUGUGUGGCCAUUGCAGCGAUCGCAGCGACUCUACAAACUCUCCAAAGUCCACACAUUACGCAUACGCACCGCGGUACAGCGCGUACUUGCACUAUCGUCGUUAUCGCCGUAGUUUCGUCGGUUGUGUUGGCCUUUUCGCGUCGCCAUGGCUGCCAAAAGGUGUGUGUCGACCUGAAAAGCGAAAAACAAACCCCAAACAGCACUUGACGGUUGAGCAAACACAACGGUGGCCAUAUUUAUACUCGGAUCUGGGUUCCCUCGUUGUCGUCGCGGCUGUCGCCUCUUCUCGCGGCCCACAGAUAAGCCCUGACACACUAAAGUUCUACGCAAAACCCGCAUCGCGAAAGUUGUGCCGGUUAAAAAUAAAAAGUUAAAAACAAAAAAAAAAGGGCUAAGCCAAAGCAGUUACCGCGAACAAGUGCAGACAAUAGUGAAAACUGUGACCUAAGUGAUAUUGUUGAAAUUUCGACAAAGAACGCAUAUGCUUACCCAAAACUGGAAGAUAAAUAUGGAGUACAGUGAUCAGUAGGCGAUCAAUUUAAUAUGGUCCCCAAGCUGAGGUAUACUUAAGCCACUCAGGAAUUGCAAGAGAGAAUAACUUAAUCUAGAAAAGAUAAACCCAAGCCAUGCAAGAGGUCUGCAGCACCCUGGAUACCACCCCGAUGGGAACGCAAAUAAAAUCGGAAUCGCCGUUGAAUCCGCUGCAGGUGCAAACUGGCCAGACGUCCCUGCCAGUGGGUGGUUGCGGUGGUGCGGGCGUGGUGGGUGGUGUUGGAGUGGGUGUCGGACAGCCCGGUCACGGCCAGCAGGGGGCGCCACCGGUGCCAGCGGUACUGAUGGUCAACAAGAUGGCUCCGAACUGUGAUAAGCGGACCGCGGACACGGCCUAUUGGAUGGCAGCCUCCGAGGGCGGAUUCAUCAACUCGCAGCCGUCGAUGGCCGAGUUCCUUAACCACCUGAGUCCGGAGAGUCCCAAAAUCGGAACACCUGUUGGAUCCGGCGCCAUCGGAGGUGUGGGCGUCAACGUUAAUGUCAAUGUCGGGGUCGGGGUCGGAUAUCCGGUUGGCGUUGUCCCUCAAACGCCGGAUGGAAUGGACUCGGUACCAGAGUAUCCCUGGAUGAAGGAGAAGAAGACAUCCCGAAAGGGCAGCAACAACAACAAUCAGGGUGAUAAUUCCAUAACUGAAUUCGUUCCAGAAAACGGCCUGCCCCGACGACUCCGCACCGCGUACACCAAUACCCAGCUGCUGGAGCUGGAGAAGGAAUUCCAUUUCAAUAAAUAUUUAUGCCGCCCAAGGAGGAUCGAAAUAGCAGCCAGCCUGGACCUUACGGAGCGACAGGUAAAAGUUUGGUUCCAAAACCGCCGCAUGAAGCACAAGAGGCAAACGCUCUCGAAGACGGACGACGAGGACAACAAGGAUAGCCUCAAAGGUGACGAUGAUCAGUCCGAUAGUAACUCCAAUUCGAAGAAAUCGUGUCAAGGCUGCGAACUGCCCUCCGACGAUAUACCCGAUUCCACGUCCAAUUCCCGGGGUCACAACAACAACACGCCGAGCGCCACCAACAACAAUCCGAGUGCUGGAAGCCUAACACCCAACUCGUCCCUGGAAACGGGCAUCUCCUCGAACCUGAUGGGCAGCACCACCGUAUCCGCCUCGAAUGUGAUCAGCGCCGACUCCAGUGUGGCAUCUAGUGUCAGCCUGGACGAGGACAUCGAGGAGAGCAGCCCCAUCAAGGUGAAGAAGAAAGACGAGGGACAGGUCAUCAAAAAGGAGGCGGUGUCCACCUCGUCGAAGGCCUCGCCUUUUGGCUACGAGAACUCCACACCCAGUCUGGUCAGUUUUCGACGGGACUCAGAUGCCGCCGCCGUCGGAAAUGCACCCGCCAGCAAGGCGGGCGGCAAGAAGCGCUUUCAAAACGCGGCCAAUGCCAUUGCCACGCCCACGCCUCUAUCUGACAGCAAUAGUGGAAGUGGAAACGGAAAUGGGGGUGGCGCUGGCCCAGCUGGCGGCUACUUUCCAGGCUACUAUCCUAGUCCCAAGCAGCAGCAGCAAAUGCAGCAGCAGCAGAUGCACCCGCAACAGCAGCAGCAGCCGCAGGACUACUACGGCAAGUACGACAUCGAAUUCGCCGCCUCGCCGCACCACAAUCCCCACAACAAGCAGCAGGCGCUGCACGGCGAGUAUCUGAGUCCCAAACCAAACGCGGCCAACUUUCACCAAAGCGGUCAGCAGCAGCAGAGCGACCAGUUCUACUACAACUACAACGACACCAACGGCAGUGCGUACUUGAACCACCAGCAGCAGCACCACCAGCAGCACCACCCACAACAGCAGCACCACCAAAGCCACGUAGCCGACUUUGAGGCGCCCGUCAACGGCCCCAGUAACUUCAACAACGGCGCCUACUACGACAACAUGAGUUUUCAACAACAGGCGCAGGCCCACCAACACCAAUCGGUGGUCUUUCAACAGCAGCAGCAGCCACACCAGCAAGCAGCGAUCAAUCACCAGCACAUGCAUCACCUGGGCCCUGGGGAGACAUACAGUGCUCUAGGCCUGCAGAUGGAGAACUGCGAGGGCUACAACAACUUCGGCGGCGCCGGGAGCGGUGGUGGGUACUACGAGGCGGGUCAGCAGCCCCCAGGUCCAGCCACCCACGGCCACGGUCUCCACCCCCAUCACCACGUGCAGGUGCCGGCGCAGGCGCAUGCCCACAUCCAUGCCCACCACAAUUCCGCGGGAAUUCCCGGAGGAGUGGGAGUCGGAGUCGGAGUCGGACCACCGCCAUCGCACAUCCACGGAUUCGCCCUCAAUGGGACCGCAACGGGUCAGGGCCAGGGAUUCGGGAACAAUGGGAGCACUGCGUCUGGGACGGCUGCGAUCAGUGGACUGGAGAACUCGAACAGCUCGGACUUCAACUUCCUGAGCAACCUGGCCAACGACUUUGCGCCGGAGUACUACCAACUCAGUUAGUUCAUGUAGGAAGCGAGCCCGAAGCCAGUGUAAAUAUGUCUUAGCCUAAUUCGCCGCCUGGGCGUGAGUCUUGUAAUUCUAUUCAGUGUCGUAGCCUCUUAAGCUCUUUGUCCGUAGCACAUAUCUGUAAAUAUUAAGUAAAAGAUUUAGGUCUAAACAGAAGCGCUGUUUCACUUUUUUAGGCUAAACAAAUCGAAAAUGUCUUGAUAUCGUUUUGGCUCCAAGUCAAAACGAAGGUCUAUCUUGAAAAUUCCAUUUAGAAAUUAAAGAGGAAUCGAAAUUGUAUAUAGUUAGAAAAAUUCAAAAACUUUCACACAAGUCUUAAUCAAUGAAUAUAAAUUACUGAAUGAUCUUUGAUUUACUGUGUUUUGUAAAUAUCCGAAGUAGCUUAAAUCAAAAAUUAAGAACAAACUGUCAUUGAAUCUAAAAACUAGAAGUAACUUUUUGAAUCGCCCCGGUUCAAGAUACAAACUUUGAUUUAGAAUCUUAAAGCACUCUCAAUUAUUUCAAUGUUUGUAAUGUUUGUAUGUUGCUCUACAUUUCCCAUAAUAGUAAACAAAUAUAUAUUAUAAAUAUGACUAUAAAUAUCGGCAUAGAU